AGAUCAUGGCAAACUGUGACUGAAGAAAACACACUUCGCUACCGCCAGGCACUGAUACUCCUUUCCGGGUAAUGGCAUCCAUGUUGGGCAAUUCUUCCAUUGCUACCUCGCCCCGUUACCUUUGUUCUCCUUCUCACAAGCAUUUGCUUUAUUCCCUCUCUUUACCAGGGCAAAAUUGUGGACCGAAGUUUUAUGGUGGAUUUGGAAUUCAUGGCAUAAAGAGAAGAUCUCAGUUCUCAGUUGCAAGUGUUGCUACUGAAGUGAUCUCUGUAGAACAACAGGUUCAGAAGAUUGUUUAUGAAGAUAGCCAGAGACCUGUGUAUCCAUUUUCUGCUAUAGUUGGACAGGAUGAGAUGAAGCUUUGCCUUCUCCUUAAUGUGAUUGAUCCCAAGAUUGGAGGUGUAAUGAUCAUGGGUGACAGAGGAACUGGGAAGUCCACGACAGUAAGGUCAUUGGUUGAUUUGCUUCCUGAAAUUAAAGUUGUUGCUGGUGAUCCAUAUAAUUCAGAUCCAGAAGAUCCAGAGUUCAUGGGUAUUGAAGUGAGAGAGCGUGUUAUGAGAGGAGAUCAACUUCAGGUUGUCAUGACCAAAAUUAACAUGGUUGAUUUGCCUUUAGGCGCAACAGAGGAUAGAGUCUGUGGAACAAUUGACAUUGAAAAAGCCUUGACUGAAGGUGUCAAGGCAUUUGAGCCUGGUCUACUAGCCAAAGCGAACAGGGGAAUCCUCUAUGUUGAUGAAGUUAAUCUUUUAGACGAUCACUUAGUGGAUGUCUUAUUGGAUUCUGCCGCAUCUGGUUGGAACACGGUGGAAAGAGAGGGUAUUUCAAUCUCACAUCCUGCUCGGUUUAUUUUGAUUGGCUCAGGCAACCCAGAAGAAGGGGAGCUUAGGCCACAGUUGCUUGAUAGAUUUGGAAUGCAUGCUCAAGUGGGGACUGUAAAGGAUGCUGAGCUAAGAGUUAAGAUUGUGGAGGAGAGAGCUCGAUUUGACAAAAACCCACAGGAAUUUCGAGAUUCCUAUAAAGCAGAGCAGGAGAAGCUGCAGAACCAAAUAGCCCUAGCAAGGAGUCAUCUUCCUUCUGUCCAAAUUGAUCAAGAUCUCAAGGUAAAAAUCUCUGAAGUGUGUGCUGAGCUUAACGUGGACGGAUUAAGAGGAGACAUAGUGACAAAUAGAGCUGCAAAAGCUUUGGCUGCUCUCAAGGGAAGAGACAAAGUAAGUGCAGAAGAUAUUGCUACUGUCAUCCCCAACUGCUUGAGACACCGUCUUCGGAAGGAUCCCUUGGAAUCAAUUGACUCAGGAUUACUUGUCAUUGAGAAAUUUUAUGAGGUCUUCAGCUGAAGGUGUUGCAUCAUAGGUACAACACGGAUCCAUUUGCUCUAAUGUUCUUACCGUGUUCUUUGAUUGCACUCUAAUAUUCUAUUGCUAUGGGAAUUUUCACUCUCCCUGAACGUCGAUGUUUAAAAGUUAUACAUAUAAAAUGAAACUGUAGGCUUUCUGAGGAUGACCUUCAUACUCUAAUUUUUGAGAAGAGGUUGCUUCCCAAACGCUUAUCAGCGGGGAAUAACUUGGAAGAGUCUGAUAAUGAAGAGCAAGCCAUUAAACUGCUCGUCAUAUUAGCAUGAAUUUUGAAUGUGCAAGGUAAAUGUGAUUUAAUUUUUUAUAAAUAGUGCUAUAAUUUGGGGUACAAACCCUUUUUUUU